UAUCUCCAAGCUUAAUCUGCUACCAAUUAUUGUGCUCGUGACAGUGCAAGUUUUCAUGGGCCGGCUGCCCCAGUAUAAAUUAAUUUGUCAGUACUGAGUUGUUUAUGUCAGUGAAAUCAACACUGUAAAAGACAGCAUUUUCUCAAAAUGGGGUUUAUUAUUAAACUAGUCCUCUUACUAGCGACCGUCAUUUCCGCCUACGUCGCGUAUCUCGCCCUCGUGCCUGCGCCAGUGCCCAAAGUCGAAAAUGAGUUCUGGGGACCGGCGUCUCUUUCUAAGAAAGCGGACGAUACCGCAGUUCGCGACUUUAAAAUUAAGAUUGACGACAAAGUGAUUACGGAUUUGAAAUCGAGGCUGAAAUCUGAACUGGACUCGAAGCGGUAUGCUCCCCCCUUGGACGGGGUCGGGUUUGAGUAUGGCUUUAAUACCAACUUCCUCCCCAAAGUGCUCAACCACUGGGCCACCAAGUACGAUUGGAAGCAGAGAGAACAACUUUUGAACAAAUUUCCCCACUUUAAAACGCAAAUUGGAGGAAUUGAUAUCCACUUUCAGAGAAUUAAGUCGAAAAAGAAUUACAAAAAGACGUUGCCAGUCCUCCUCCUGCAUGGCUGGCCGGGUUCGAUUGUCGAGUUUCAGAAAAUUAUUCCUCUGCUGACCGACCCAGAAAAGUCUGAUUAUAAUUACGAGGUCAUAACGCCAUCCCUGCCAGGAUACGGGUUCUCGGAGGCGGCACACCGCCCAGGAAUGGACACGGUGGCGAUGGCUAACAUAUUUUUGAGACUGAUGAAACGCCUCGGCCAUGAAAAGUUUUACAUUAUGGGGGGAGACUGGGGGGCCAUUAUUGUCUCUGAUAUGGCGGCACUUUAUCCCGAAAACGUGCUCGGCUCUCAUUCCACCAUGUGCAGUAGUAUGCAUCCACUAGGAACUGCGAGACUAAUGCUGACCUCUUUGUUCCCAUCGUAUCUAGCCGAACCUGUAAUUGCCGAUAAGAUGUUUCCCUUAUCCAAAUUCUUCUCCUUCCUACUCCGAGAAACUGGGUACUUUCAUCUUCAAGCUACGAAACCGGACACAGUUGGCGUCGCCCUGUCUCAAUCUCCCAGUGGAUUGGCAGCCUACAUCUUGGAAAAAUUCUCGACAUGGACCGACGCGUCAAAAAUUGAUCGCGAGGAUGGCGGACUUCUCGAGAAAUUCACCCUUGACGAACUCCUGGACAAUCUGAUGCUUUACUGGGUCACAAAUUCUGUCACAUCGUCAAUGCGAUUAUACUCCGAAUUUGCCACUGCUAACAAGAAGCACAGAAUGGACAGUGUCCCCAUCACCGUUCCAGCGGCGUGCCUCAUGCUACCCGAAGAAUUAGCCCUAGUCCCUGAAUUCACUCUGAGGGACAAGUAUCCCAACCUCCAGCAGUUCACAAUGGGGUCAAAAGGCGGUCAUUUCGGAGCUUUCGAAGUACCCGACGUCGUUGCGGAGGAUGCCAUCAAAUUCUUCAACGGGUUGCAGAAAUCGUCUCCGCCCAAGGCGAAAUAAACGAGUGCUGAGCUUAUCAUGAAAACUUUUUCUUGUUAAAAAUUACAAAAGGAUACGUGUUAAAUAAAAUAGUGAAAUAUUAACUAAAUGAAAA